UUUUCAAAGUUUUUAGAAAUUAUCACUAACCGAUUUAUAAUUUGUUAGACUAAAUAUCUAAUAGAACCGAAGAUAAAUAGCCAUUUUUUGAAAAUAUAGCAGAUGGAAAGAUCGAACAUGUUUUAUGUAGACCAUAAUCAUAUCUAUGGAUUCGUAUAGGAACUAGUUUGAUAUUAAAUAAUACAACCAUCUUGGAAUAUUAAGUUGUGACAAACAUCGUUUAGUUUGUGAAUGAUAAUGUUGAAGUGUUCAUAUAUAUAACAUAGUUAGUGAAAUCAGUUUAGUUAAUAAGGUUGGUAUAAAUUAAUGGUUGAUCUCUGUAAAAGAUGCAAUUUUUUUACAAUGGAUAUUGUAUUCUGUUUAUAGUCUCCGAAGGUAUUAACUAUUAAAUAAAUCACAAAUAACCAUAUAUAUAAAUAUAGGGUGGAUAUUAUUUAAUAAUAGCAUAAAAUAAUUAUGAUGGAAUAAUGCGUAUAUAGUAAACGUAUAUGUAGAGAAUUAGGUUAAUACCAUUUUAUGACUAACUUGCCUUUAAUGAAGAAUAAUUAAGUUAGUAGUAUGAGAAAUAAUAGGAAUUCUAGUUGAAUGAAAUGGUCCAACUUAUGACUUAUUUUAAGUAGAUUUUUUAGGACUUUUUCCCUUUUAAUAGUAUUGACUAGAUUUUGACCCGCGCUUAGAAAGCGCAGGUUUAUUUUUGAAAUUAAAUAAAUUCUUCUUAUAUAAGAGAUAAUGUAUAAGUUUGAGUAUAUUUACCCGAGUGCACUGAACCGUAUCAAACUGGGAAAAAAACUCAAAAUUAAGCUGAAUUUCAUAAAUAAUCGAGCAUAGAAAAAAUAGAAACCAAAGUAAGGAUCAAAUGAGUACUUAAAAUUUUAAAAUACAAAUUAUAUACCUAUUAAACAUAACUAAACCAUUAAAAAUUCCUUCUCUUUUAAUAGUAUUAAUAUGUGGUAAUGAUUACAUUUGAAUAAUCUAACAUAUAUUCAUAUGGAUUUAUUGUUAGAGCAAUUAUAUAAUAGAUUAUGAAAAAAUAAUAAAUGAAUUCAUUUAAAUUAUGUAAAGUAUUUAUAUAGUUAGAGAAAUAUAAGUUAAAACCAAAUAAAUAAUUAAAGUCUAAUGAAAUGGUCCAACAAUCUUGUUGAAGUAGAUUUUUUUAGGAGUGAUUCCCUUUUAAUAGUAUAGAUGUUUAUAAUACUUGAUAAUUUUAAGUCUAUAUAAUCAAUAUUUUUAGGUAUAUAAGUUGUAUUUUGGAUAUUCAGAUUUCCUAUUUGGUUUCGAUUUGAUUUUUUUUUUUUCAAUUCCAGAGAUAUAGGAACCCAUCUGAUUUUUCUGAACAUUGAUUCGGUUUGGUUUCAUUUUUUUGUUAUGUUUCAGUUUUUUUUAUGUUCUCGAUUUAUAUACCAAAGCCAAAAUUUGUUUGUGCAAUCUGUUUUAUAUUUGAUAAAUAACUGAGUUAAAUUUUUUAAUGAUUGAUUUUAUAAAUAAAAUAUUAAGAUUAUACCAUAUUAAAACCGUUGCAAGUAUCCAAUUUAUGAUUAUAGAAUAUUCUAAGUAUUUUGAUGUGUACGCAGUGCAAGAAAGCAACCGUCAUUUGUUGUCCAUAUGGAUGGGGAGCUAUCUGAUUGGUUUACAAAAUUUAUAUGAAUCUAUUAUGUUGCUGACAAAAAAAAAUAUUUUGAUGUUUAUAACUAUGAAUUUAAAAAAAUUAUAUUUCAUUGAUAAAAUACAAAUCAGUACCAUCAAUAUAUUAAAAUGUAAAAUAUAUUUUUUAUAUACCGGAAAUAUUUAGUAAAUAGUUAGAAUCUGGAGGGAUAUUCUCAAAGUUCUUACAUACAUUUGUUAAUUUUUAUAAACUCUGUUAAGACAAUAUUUGAGUUUUAAUAUUAAAGAUCUCUAUCUAGAUUUGCUCCGAUUUAUUUCCAAAAUAUUAGAUUUGCUCCAAUUUAUUAGUAAAAUAUUUUAAAAAUAUAAGCGAAUGAUUUAAGACAUUUAUAAUAUUUCAAAAUCUAGAUUUGCUCCCAUUUAUUUUCCAACUAAACAGGAUAUGUUUAAAUUAAAAGUUUGAAUUUAUUUUGUUUGCUAGUUUAGAUCUUUCUAUAUGAAAAGAUUUGAAAAUUCAGAUUAUUAAAUUACAGUUUAAUUGUAUAUUUCUAUUGAUAUGUGUUGGUCGUGUUUUUUCAUAUACUUAAGUUCAUGGAGAUUGGAGAAAAUAACAUGUAAUGAUAGUUUACAUUUACAUUUUGUGGAUUCAAAUAUUGUGACGUAUUAAUCUUCUUUUAUUAAGUUUGAUACAUUACGUUAUAGAUUUGUUUCAUUUUAAAAUAUUGAGUAAAGCUGUUUUAAAUGAAUUAUGAUAAUAUAUAUUUAAGUGAAAUUGUUUUAUUGUUUAAUUAAAUUUUAAAAACAGUGGCGCUACUAUAAAUACUAACAAAACCAAGGGGACGUUAAAAAAAGGUCUCUUGUAAAUAGUAUAGAUGAGAAUUACAGCUCUAUAUAUACUAGAGGUGUUCAAUCCGGAUAUCGGUUCGGUUUUUUCGGUUAGUAAAAUAUAACUAUCAUUCUAAAUCCAUAUUUAAUGCGGUUCGGUUCGGUUUAUAAACCAUCGAUUUUCGGUUUAUUCAGUUUUAUACCAAAACAUAAUUAUUUAGUUUGGGAUGAUAGUAUAUAAAUUUCUGAGUCAUAUUUUCAUCCAGUCAUUUACUAAAAAAUAUUAUAUUUUUAAAUUUUUAAAAAACGUUUAUACCUUCAGAUGAAAUAAUCAAAUCUAGAAUUAAAAUCAAAGCUUGGAAUUUUGAAUAUAUAAAUUAAAAAAAAGAGAAUAAUGAAAGAAAAGUUUUUUCAUUCUUCCAUAUUUGGUGCUCAUCAAAAUUAUGCUUCUUCGAGUGAAACUUUGUUCGUUUAUAAAUAAGAAAAAAGUUGUGAAGAUUUUUUUCUAGUUAUCAUCCAUCAAAUUUAUAACCUUCACUUCAAUUUAAUCAAUGCUAAAAAGAAAGCAAAAUGAUUAAAAGAAGAAGAUUAAGAAAAUAAGAAGCCUCGGUUGCGAUGAAUUUUUCUUUAUUUAUAUUUUAAGUGCUUUUCAAAUUAGGAUUCUUUAUUACUAUAAAAAAAUAUGGUAAUAAUUAUUAACAAAAGAAUAACUUAUAUAACAAAUAGAUUUUCAUGUGACGUUAUAAAAUAUGUACAUAUUUACAUGUUUCUAUUUUUUAUCGGUUUUGUUCGGUUUAUUCGGUUUAAUCGGUUAUAAAUCAAACCAUAUCCAAAUCCUACUAUAAAAUCAUAUCCAUUUGGUUUAUAUGGUAUAUACCAAAACCACACCAUAUUAUCUAUUUCGGUUCGGUUUGGUUUGGUACGGUUUGGUUUUACUAUAUUAGACAGGCCUAAUAUAUACUGAAGUUACAAAAUCAUACUCCUACAAUAUAUGAGAAAUUAUACAAUUAGUGUGGAAAAUGAAAUAUAUAAUAAAAUGAUUGUAAUGAUUGAGUGAGAUAUAUACUCUUUCCUUACAUCAACUUCACAUCUUUUUCGGACCCAUGUGGAAAUCAAUAUAUAUAUUUCCAAUUCUAACAUAUACUUAUUCGAUUGUGUUUCUCAUUUCCAUCUUACAUCGAUCUCACAGUACUAAGCAAAAACAUGAACCCUACUCAUGACAAACCAAUACUACUUACAUUAUUCACUCUUAUUCUCCAACUUUCAAACGCUAUCAAUGCAUCACCAUCCCCACCCAUAACGGCUCUUUACGCAUUUGGCGACUCCACAGUUGAUUCCGGUAACAACAACUAUAUCCCUACUCUUUUCCGGAGCAACCAUUCACCCUAUGGUAGAUCCUUUCCGGCCAAACUCUCCACCGGAAGAUUCUCAGACGGAAAACUCGCCACCGACUUCUUAGCCUCCUCUCUAGGACUCAAAUCCACUAUACCAGCUUACCUCGAUCCUUCGGUCAAACCACUUGACCUUUUGACUGGCGUUAGUUUUGCCUCGGCCGGAGGUGGGUUAGAUGAUCGCACGGCCAUGCUAUCGUUGACUUUGACCAUGGACAAGCAAUGGAGUUACUUUGAGGAGGCGGUACGUAAGAUGAAGAGUGUAGUUGGAGAGUCGGAGACUAACAGGGUGAUUAAGAAUGCUUGGUUUGUGAUUAGUGCGGGGACUAAUGAUAUGAUCUUUAACGUUUAUGAUCAUGUUCUUGGGAGUUUUAUCUCGGUUUCGGAUUAUCAAGACUAUCUACUCAGAAACGUCGAAGCUUUUGUCCAGAGACUACACGACGCAGGAGCCCGAAGGAUUACAGUAGCGGGACUACCACCAAUAGGAUGCCUUCCGGUGCAAGUAACACUUGGUACUGUCACUCUCCCUCGGAUCUUCCAUAAACGGAUCUGUACGGAAAACCAGAACACUGAUUCUCAGCUAUACAAUCAAAAGCUACUGAAGCUAAACUUCCUUUUCAGUCAGAGGCUUCGAGGCUCCAAAAUUCUUUACCUCGACAUCUACACUCCAAUAAUGGACAUGAUCAAACAUCCUUAUAAAUACGGAUUAGAAGAAACGUUAAAAGGAUGUUGCGGGACGGGGUUCUUAGAAGCAGGACCUCUAUGCAAGUCGUUGUCUGGAACUUGUGAUGAUGUUUCCAAGUAUUUGUUCUUCGAUUCUGUGCAUCCUACCCAAAAGGCUUACUCUGUCAUUGCUACUUACGCCUUACAAAAAUUGUUGCCUCUCCUCUAAUUUGUUAGUGUAAAGAUGACACUACAAUUGAGUAAUGCAGAAAAUAAAUCAAGAGAUAAAAUAGAUAUAAGCAACCAACUAUUGUUUUAUUAGAAA